CGCUACACACAGUACGCUAAACAGUAGCUGGCAGGUCAUCGUCCGCCAUCGAUGCCAGCCGGCAAUUCCUUCUCCUCCUCUUCCUCGUCCUCCUCCUGGGUUCGCAUCCGUCCCAGAGUACUAACAACCAGACGGCCGAGCAGUCGGGGACGACCCCCAGCAAUAGACGACUCCCAGCAAUGGACGACUCCCAGCAAUGGACGACUCCCAGCAAUGGACGACUCCCAGCAAUGGACGACUCCCAGCAAUGGACGACUCCCAGCAAUGGACGACUCCCAGCAAUGGACGACUCCCAGCCAGAGGGUUCCUCCCCCCCUCCCGCCGGCAGCACAAGCUGCUGCUGCUGCUGCUGAGACUCGGAUCAACGUGUAUCCAGUCCGGGACUCGCACGACAGGCCACAGCUUUUCGUUCGUGUUCACAGUUCCGGUUAUGACGGUAACACCGACCGACCGCACCGACCGCACAGUCCACCCUCCAGCAAGCCAAAGAAAAGCAUGUCAGCACCUAGUAAUAGUGUGGGAUAUAAAGCACCAGAACGUUCCCCUCCGCAGAGCACAUAGACUCAGAGCCUAUUCUGGUGCCAGCUGCAUUUUCAAGCCUUGAGUUUAUGACGGAUUGAAGGUUAACUGGAGUAUGUACCUGCCAAAGCUGCAGCUG